AUGACGCACCAAUCGGAUCUCGAAGAGCGAGGCACAUCCGGCUCGCGGACACCACUGCUCGGGUGCUCUGCACAUCAGCGGAUUGGGGCGGGGGCUAUUCAAAUGACAAGAAAUGGUCUGCGUUUCGGGUGUUCCAGUUCUUCGGUGGUGAUCCUGCUGAACACGGAGGAUGAGGAUGAGAGGGAUGAUCUUACCAUUUUGUGGAGGGACAAUAAGCUGAGUGAACUGAACUUUGUGGGUGUUGUGGCUGCCCUCCUUGCUGGUGUCCUUACGUCCACAGGAAGCUGGCCAGACAUUUUACCAAACGGCGAAUCGUCACCAUGGUCUGUACGCACGUCGUGGUACUGCGGUAUUAUUCUCUCCCUGUUCAGCAUCCUCACAGCUGCCGAUCAAACUGUCCGGCUCCACCGCCUCUCGUCGCACCGUGAUGGACUUGAGAAUAUCCGCAAACUACUUGGAAAAACGAACGGCGAGAAGAGCCAUUCUCCUAAGACGGGCCGGAGAUCGCCGAGCCGUCUUCAGAUCUUUACUUGGCAGAUGCCCGUCAUGUUCCUGACUUCUGCAACCAUAUGCAUGAUUGUCGGCAUGUUCCUGCAUGUGUGGUCUGCAACCACGCAUUUGGACCAUCCACGGUUGUGGGACGACAAUACCAAGGUUGCUGCAACGUACAGCGCAGUCGCCAUUGCCGCUGUUAUAAUUUUCUUCAUUGGCCAAGUCUCGCUCUUUGCGCCACUUCGCUAG